AUGAACCGGCAGCUAGUGAACAUUUUGACAGCCUUCUUUGCAUUUUUCUUAGGGACGAACCACUUCAGGGAAGGUUUCUGCAAAGAUCAUGACUCCAGGUCUGGAAAACAUCCCUCGCAGACCCUAUCUCCUUCAGAUUUCUUGGAUAAAUUAAUGGGAAGAACAUCGGGAUAUGAUGCGAGAAUCAGGCCAAAUUUUAAAGGGCCUCCUGUAAAUGUUACCUGCAACAUAUUUAUCAACAGCUUUGGGUCAAUAGCAGAAACUACAAUGGACUACCGAGUGAACAUUUUUCUGAGACAGCAGUGGAACGAUUCACGGCUGGCAUACAGUGAGUACCCAGAUGAUUCCCUGGAUUUGGAUCCAUCGAUGUUGGAUUCGAUUUGGAAACCAGAUUUGUUCUUUGCCAAUGAGAAAGGUGCCAAUUUCCAUGAUGUUACCACUGACAACAAGUUGCUGCGUAUUUCCAAAAAUGGCAAAGUACUCUACAGUAUCAGACUCACCUUGACUUUAUCCUGUCCAAUGGACCUGAAGAACUUUCCAAUGGAUGUCCAGACCUGUACAAUGCAGCUGGAGAGUUUUGGGUACACCAUGAAUGACCUGAUAUUUGAGUGGCUAAGUGAUGGUCCAGUACAAGUUGCUGAAGGACUGACCCUGCCCCAGUUUAUUUUGAAAGAAGAGAAGGAGCUCGGCUAUUGCACAAAGCAUUACAACACUGGCAAGUUUACCUGCAUUGAGGUCAAGUUUCACCUGGAACGCCAGAUGGGCUAUUAUUUGAUCCAGAUGUACAUCCCCAGCCUGUUGAUAGUCAUUUUGUCCUGGGUCUCCUUUUGGAUAAACAUGGAUGCAGCCCCUGCCAGGGUUGCCCUUGGCAUCACAACAGUUCUGACAAUGACUACCCAGAGUUCAGGUUCCAGGGCAUCUCUGCCAAAGGUCUCUUACGUGAAAGCGAUUGACAUCUGGAUGGCAGUGUGCCUUCUGUUUGUGUUUGCUGCCUUACUGGAAUAUGCAGCAGUGAACUUUGUCUCCAGGCAACAUAAGGAGUUCCUACGUCUCCGGAGACGACAGAAGAGGCAGAAUAAGGAAGAAGAUGUUACUCGUGAAAGUCGUUUUAACUUCAGUGGCUAUGGGAUGGGUCACUGCCUCCAAGUGAAAGAUGGCACAGCUGUCAAGGCUACACCUGCCAACCCACUUCCACAACCCCCAAAUGAUGCAGAUGCUAUCAAGAAGAAGUUUGUGGAUCGUGCAAAAAGAAUUGACACCAUAUCUCGAGCUGCCUUCCCACUGGCCUUCCUCAUUUUCAACAUCUUUUACUGGAUCACAUACAAAAUCAUUCGGCAUGAAGAUGUCCACAAGAAAUAG